GAGAGACAAGUUGGUCCACUCAACAGUGAGGUGUCAGCCGCCAUAAGGGUUUUUGGAAUGAUGCCGGUUUGGGGGGAAUCCUGCAAAUACUAUUUGGAUAGAGGAGAAAGUAUGAUUGCAUACACCACUGCUAGCAGUCCUGCUUUCAAACAGUGUUCUGGGAAGAAACUCUCACAAUCUCCAUCGUUCUCCAAUCUCAAAAGCCAACAGGACAAUGAAGAUGUGGUGAGAGAGAGGAGAGAAAGCCAUCUCUGCACAAAAGGUUCUUUUCUCAGAUGUGGCUCUCCUCCAGCAAGAAGACUUCUUUCUGGACACCCAGUCAUGCCUAUAAGAUAUCCUUUGCUCCUCUGGUUGGCUUCCCCAGCAGCGGCUUGCCUCUACUGCUUCUCCAAUGGUGCCCAGCGCCUUCGUGUGUGCCAGUAUUUUCUGGGCCAUCAGAGCGUGGAGCAUGAAGCUUGCCUGAAGGCGCUGAUGGUGGCCUUUGAACCUUACCUUGCAACCAAAGUGGACAUGGCUGAAAUCGCAAAACUGAAGGACACGUUCAACAGGAUCCUCUUUUUCAUGGAAGAGAAAGGCGUGGCCAAUGUACCUUAUCGCAUCGGCAUCCGAGAGGCUACAGAAAAGAUCAAGGACGAGGUGAAGCAACUCAAAAGAGUGGUAGCAGUGGCAGUGAAAGAGUUGAGAACCUCAGGCAACAAAGCCUUGGCUCUGAGCAGGUUGCUGAAUAAGUGA